AUGAAGACAGCCACAGCCUUGGUUUUGGUGGCUUUGAUUGCCAUAGUGAUGGAUACAUCCUGUGCUCUGUCCUCUCUCCGAAAAGGACAGAAACCUGGAGCUUGUCCCAAGCUUCCCCCAAAUACUGGUGGAAGUUGCAAUGAAGAAUGCUCUGGAGAUGGGUCUUGCCCUGGGAAAAUGAAGUGCUGCAGCAAUGGGUGUGGUCAUGUCUGCAAACAUCCUGUCUUCACAAAGGCUGUUGACCCUUUGGAAGAUGGUUUCCAUACUCAUCAGGAUGGCUGGUGACCAGCCACAGAAGGUUUCUUCUGAAUCCACAGAGCCCUGCCUGCUACUCCCUAGCCCUAGAACUGCAUCCUUAGAAGAUGAAAACCUAUAAUGUGGUGACUGCUUCCUAGUGCCUUUGUGUCCAAAAUAAAUUAUCCUUAGCAUCCUCUUGCUGAA